AUGGUCAUUGAUAUUACUCCUCUGGCCGUUGGUCUGUUGCAGGCAGCUAAACCCAGCAACAGCAGCUGUAGUGAGCUGCCACAGUGGAGAGCUUUCAGCCCUCUACAGCCUUGGAUGACGUCUGCUCUGUCUGCACCCAGGCUCAAGUCGGAGCACGCAGAUACUCGGCCAAGAUGCAUGCAAUGGCCCAAGCAACACAAUGGAGACAAACAGUUCUAAAGACAAAAGCCUCUUGCAAAAACAACUAUUUUUCAAAUAUCUUUGGGAAACCAUUUUCAUAUGUCACAAUGUCUACUUCAAAAUGUUUCAUGUCUGCACAUUACAAUAACUGAACAAAUACAAUUUUGUAGGCUACCUUUUGAGGGGUAUCUAGCUAGCUCUGCUGUAAUGCUCACUGCUGCAUGUGUUGGGAUCUGAUGUAGCCUCAGAUCCUGUCCAUUAUAUUUUCUGAAUGGCAUUUAGAGUAGUGAAGGGCCCAUAGUGAAGAAGAAAUUACCACAAUGGACUUAAGCUAUUAAUGAAUGACUCAUUUAAGUAUCUGGUGUCUCCUACUCUUUGACCUUUAGGAAUCCGGUUUACCAAGAACCCCGCCAACCUCACGGUAACCCAGGGCAACAUGGCUCGACUGGGUUGUGCCAUCGAGGGCCUGAGUGAGCCGGAGAUCGUGUGGAUGAAGGACGGGGAGAAGUUGUACAGUACAGACCAGAUGUACAUCACCCUGGAGCAACACCACUGGGAGACCUUCCACAGGUCGGUGCUUCAGUAGUCCUGACCUACUAUUAAAUAGUGUUAUCCUCACCACUUUAUAGGCUGAUUGGAAGAUGUCUUCAGACCUUCCAUCAUAGUAUCACAUUUAUUGUGUUGCAUUUCACCAGAAAUCAUUGGGAAGCUGUCUUGCAAAGCACAAGCAAACUAACCUUGGAGCGUUGCGAAGCACUUAGCUCACAACCACCAUAUCAGCUUCUCAUGAGGUCAGGUGUCCUGACAGUUAGUUACUAUUUCAGAGAAAGUGCUUGUACGUUGAAUCAGUAAGCUGGAAAAAACAACAUUGUUUUAUCUUUAAACCCUGUGGCUGCUUGCAUUGCCUGUUAUCCUUCAAAAGUCUUAAAAAUGAAGAAACAUGCAGUGUAAUACCGUAAAUAGAGGUAGUAAUGCUGUUCCUGGCUUUGAAUGACUUUCUCCCCCUCUGACUCAACAUCAGACCUGGGUUCAAAUACUAUUUGAAAUCUUUCAAAUACUUUCAGCGUUUGUUUUAGCCUGCCUGGAGUGCCAAGUAGGUGGGAUUUGCACUUCUAUGACAUUUAUAUUGGUUCAAAUGGCAAUGGGUAAGCUCAAUCAAGCACAGCUUAAGUAUUUGAAAUUAUUCAAAUAGUAUUUGAACUCAGGUCUGCUCAACAUGGCGGAACAGAACAUGCAGUUUUGGGUGCUGGUGGUGGAGAUGUGGGUGAGGUUUAAUAAUCAGCUUGGGGAGGAUUUGUCCCUGGCAGAAAGAGAAAGAACCUGUAAAUAACAUGGCUGGAGUGGAGAGACAGGGGUCUACCCCUACCGUAACCCACCCAGCAGGGAAACCAGGCCCCAUAGUGGGGCAGGGGCAGGCUGGAUUGGAAUGCAGUUAGCUGCCUGUGACUGAGUGACCUAAAGCUUGAUGCAGACUACUAGACCUGCUGGUUAAGUGAACUUGCAUUGCCAGUGGCAGACGUUUCUGUUAAUCUCAUGCACAUGUGCUAGGCACUGAAGCUCAAAGGUCUUCAGUUUGACCUCUCAUCACACACACAACAAUGUCCUAGAUACCACGGACAUCCACCAUUUGCUGUGUCUAGUCUACGGAACUAGAAUGAAAUGAUUGAUAGAUAUUAACAAUUCUAUCACUUCUAUCAUAUUUCUGUGGUCUAGUGACUAGUCCUUCAUUGGUUAUUGAUUGGAGUGGUGAGUUUGGAUGCGAUUGUUGUCAGAAGUGGGAUACCAUACACGGGUUAGGUGACAACGUCACGAAAAUGGUGCGUGCGCGUCGAUGGGGCAGAAGUCUGUGUGUUAUUACGAUUCUGGAUAGUCAGAUAGCUAGCAACAAUGACAACAAGCUGCCUUAUGGGGAAUCGUAGGUGGCUUGUUUCAGCUCGUUGUUUUUUGUUAUUGAUAUCAUGUUUUGAGGUGUUUUGACUCUUGUCUAGCUAGCUAACCAACAAUUGUAACAAUGUAUUUGAGAGACAAGUGCUCGUUGUGCAAACGUAUGUAUGUUUUCAAUAAAGAUUUGGAGAGGAAAUCUACUGGUUUACAUGUUGUCAACAAUCCUUUGAUUUUAAGCCAACCUCGCAUAUUUUGCUCCACAGUUGUGCACGCGUCGGUUUUGUUGCUAAACAACCCAUCCAUCUAUGAGUGAGUAGGACCUGUCAAUGCAGGCAAUGAUUUCCUGAGUGACUCCUAAUACAAAUACACAGGGUACUCCUGCUGAGUGUAAUUUGCCCCAAGUUAGUUUAUUGCUCCAAUUAGUUACGGUGUUCCACUUCCAGUGGUUGAAAGUACUUAAGUAAAAAUUACUUUAAAGUACUACUUAAAUUAUUUUUUUGGGUAUCUGUACUUUACUAUUUAUAUUUUUUUGAAUACUUUUACUUCACUACAUUCAGAAAAAAAAAUAUGUACUUUUUACUCCAUACAUUUUCCCUGACACCCAAAAGUACUCGUUACAUUUUGAAUGUUUAGCAGGACAGGAAAUUGAUCCAAUUCAUGCAUUUAUCAAGAGAACAUCGCUGGUCAUCCCUACUGCCUCUGAUCUGGAGGACUCAUUAAACACAAAUGCUUCGUUUGUAAAUUAUAUCUGAGUGAUGGAGUGUGCCCCUGGCUAUCCUUAAAUAAAUAAAUAAAAAUAAGAACUGUACUGUCUGAUUUUCUUAAUAUAAGGAAUUUGAAAUGAUUUAUACUUUUACUUUUGAUACUUAAGUAUAUUUUAGCAAUUACAUUUACUUCUACUCAAUUAGUAUUUAUCUGGGUGACUUUGAACAAGUAUGACAAUUGGGUACUUUUUCCACAACUGCCUACUUCAUCUGUCAACAUAUCCUCAAGGGGUUCUUUAUCUUUAUUGUUCUGGUGUCAGUUUUUCUUCUGCCACCCAGUUAUAUGUGAUGGGCUUUUACCUCCAUUCUGCCUAAUGGGUCUCCCCUCAUCUAUCAGUACUAAACUACAUCAUAUUUUUAGGAGAGGUGUUUUUGGACGUGCUCUGGGAAUAAUUUGAAAUGUGAUUUAUUUUUUUGCAUCAUGUCAAGUUAAGUACUAGGGGAAUCACUGAGUGUCUGUCUGUCUGGGUGGUUUCAGUGUGAAGUCUGUCCAGCAGCAGGAUGCAGGGAAGUACUGGUGUGAGGUAGAGUUCCGAGGCUCGACCAUCUCUUCGGAGCCCGCCUGGAUAACAGUAGAGGGUAAAUCAAUCAAUGCAUUUAAAUCAAUAAAUGUUGUCCUCUCUGUCUGUCUCUUUCUAUCUCUCAACACAAUGGCCUUUUUUCAAUGACUUGAUAAAAUGUAUUAUCCUGAUCCCGUGGUUGUACUUUCUGAUUCUUUCUCCAGGUGUCCCCCACUUUAUACUUGAGCCCCAAGACGUAGCCACGGUCCCUGGCGUGCCAUUUAACCUGACGUGUACUGCUGUGGGUCCCCCGGGCCCGGUGGAGGUGCUGUGGUGGCUGGGAGGAGUACAGGAAGGAGACGUCACUUCCUCUCCAUCUGUACUCCAUGUUAAUGGUAAGUCUCUACCGGGCUGUUUCUCAAAAAUCUUUCCUUGAUUCCUUUCCUGAAAUCUCUUUACUUGAUUCCUUGCAUCCUCUCCUCUCACCUUCUUCUCAAAAUGCAUUGGAGGAGAAGAUCCAAGGUUCCUCCCCUCGGGCCCUCUCCUUCAAUGAGAAGGUUUUUAGGAGGUGAGGAGAGAUGAUUUGAAGAACCGAGUAGACUACGGAGACUACUGAGACUACUGAGCAGUAUCCUCUUUCUGCUUCUUCUCACCCCCCUCCUCCCCUCCCUCUCACCCCCCUCCUCCCCUCCCUCUCACCCCCCUGGCUGGUUAAAUCAAUAUUGAUAUGAUGAAUCAUAAGAAUGAGUUAGAUCAGAGUGUGUCAUUUUCACAUACUGUAAGUUAAAUAAGGUGGACUGCCGUCCAUCUGUUGUAAGAGAGCCAUUAGUCACACAGUACAUUACAAGGAAGGGAUUAUAGUUUUAUAUCAUUCUCACUGGUCGUUGAGCUCUGCCCAUGAGUUGGAAAUAGAACUGUUUGAAUGGUAGAACUAAGCCAAAGGUUAUUCUUAGUGGGUGGAAGGCUACUGAAGGGCUGUCUUGUUUACACACUCCGAUGGCUAUGCUAUGCUGACGUUUACCUGUAAAUAAACUGCUUUUUCUACAGGCACAGCACCGAAUACAGCACUGAAUGAAUGACAUGUAUUUUUUUUUAUAUAUAGAGGGGGAACCUUUGACCUCACCUGCCAUAUAAUGAUUUCCCUUAUGUGAAAGGACAAAUGUCUUGACCUGAGAUUGGAAAUGCGUUGUAAUUGGUUGAAAACACAUACAAGUGUAAAAGUUUUGUUUGAUACUUGUAGACACCAGCCAGUCUUCUGUCACAUCCCACAAAAGUGGAUUGACUGGAUGUUUCAUUAGUUGUCUGUUUCAUUCCGUUCUCAUGAUAUGCAAGCUUUUCAUCGUAGUGUCUCUCCUCCUUCAUUUCUCGUUUAUGUUGAGCUGGUUCGGUUUCAGUAAUAAGGAGCCUCCUACACUCUGCCAUGUAAGCUCCCGAGUUUGAGCUCCCGAGUGGCGCAGUGGUCUAAGGCACUGCAUCGUAGUGCUAGCUGUGCCACUAGAGAUCCUGGUUCGAAUCCAGGCUCUGUCGUAGCCGGCCGUGACCGGGAGACCCACGGGGCGGCGCACAAUUGGCCCAGCGUCGUCCAGGGUAGGGGAGGGAAUGGCCGGCAGGGAUGUAGCUCAGUUGGUAGAGCAUGGCGUUUGCAACGCCAGGGUUGUGGGUUUGAUUCCCACGGGGGGCCAGUAUGAAAAAUAAAAAAUAAAUGUAUGCAGUCACUAACUGUAAGUCACUCUGGAUAAGAGCGUCUGCUAAAUGACUACAAUGUAACUGGACCUGCCUGGCCCUUCCUCUACUGUUAGACUGCAGUGGGUCUCAUUCAUCUCAAUCAACACUGUUGACCAGAACCUCUCAGUAUAAGCCUGUGUCCCAAAUGGAAUCCUAUUCCCAAUGUAGUGCACUACUUUUGACCAGGGCACUAUAUAGGGAAAAGGGGUGCCAUUUGGGCAUAUACAAAUACUUUGCUGCUGAGUGCCAACCUAGAGUCAGGAAUGCAGCAGCCAUAUACUCCACUUAACAGGCGUUGAUGUUUUCCUAUUUGACUCCCAGAGACUGAUGUUUCCCUGGAAUGUGAGAGUAAUCAGAAACGUUUCAGCCCAGCUGAUGAUUCUCAGUUAUGACUCUGACUCUUUUGUGAUUGUCAGUCAGUUAAUGAUUAACCAGGCAGUAUCCCUCAGUGCCUGGUAGUAAUCACUGUACAGUACACACACACACACACACACACACACACAAACACGCCUUCCUGUAAACAUAUUUGUCAUGAAGGAUUAGCUUAAGGACAUUUAUUUAAUGGAGGGAUACAACAGGCUUAUCAAAACAGUCUAGUUUAGGAGUUAUUCAUUGUGCUGGCCUUGUUUCCUUGUGUAGUUUCAGUAGCUGGUUUGUUCAAAUUGGUAGUGCCAAAAUCUCUUUGAUCCUUAUGAGCGAAGUCUACUACAAACUCUCACAGCACUUCAUAUACAGUACUCCACUGUGGUAUGCAUUGCCUACUGUCCACAGUGUGUGAGAAUUGCUCAUUUACAUUGGAGAAAGACUGUUGGUCAGGCAUGGUUGCAGGGGCCUGGUUUAACUCUCUCUGUUGGCAUCAACUGGCAGCUUACCUUUAAAGGGCUCUGGCAUGCUGUUGAGUACAUCACAUCAUGAGUACAUCAUGUCUCCCUCCUCUGUUCCCUGUCCCUGUAGGUGUGAAUAACAGCAUCAAGUUCUACUGUGAAGCCAAGAAUGCCAGAGGUAUCUCAGUAUCGCGAACAGGCACUGUGCACAUUAAAGGUGAGAAAUUCAUGAAUAAUCAAUGCUGUCAUGAAUGUGACUAAGUCAUUUUUCAGAUUAGAACAUGCUGCCUGAUGAAGACCGGUUAGUCAAUGCACAUUGCAGUAUGCUGCUGUAAUUUAGCUAGGCUUAUCUGCUCCUAGUCCAGCUUCUGUUCAGAGUUGGAUGUUUGUAAAUCUAAAACCCUGUCCUUUCAUUGACUGCAGUCCUCCCAGCAGCCCCUAAAGGUGUGCAGGUGGUCCAUGUGGUGGAGAACAACGUCACACUGGCCUGGAGCCCUGGCUUCACUGGACACUCUGACCUGUCUGCCUGCACCAUCCAGGUACAGUAACUAAGACUGAACCAACACGACUGAGAUGUCCUGUGUCCGUACUAAAUUCAUAUAACAAAGAACCCCCUGACCUAAUUCUUACAUUUAGAUUUUCAAUAAAGCAACCAUAAUAUGCAGUGGAUAAAUUAGUUACUUAUUAUUAUGUGAUGUGGUGGUUGUUGUCAGUGCUAUUUUAAGAUGGGAGUGACAACCAUCAGAAUUCCAUUAAAGCCUUGGAUGAAUGUUUGGCCUGAGAUAAUAUAAACCACAUACCCAUUCUUUUAAAAUGAAAGACACCCUGAGUAUUUAGACCUCAGUUUCAAUAUUGGAAUGAAAGAAUUUGGCAAUGGAAACAUGACAAUUUAAAGGGAUACUUAGAGAUUUAGGGAAUGAGGCCCUUUAUCUACUUCAAAUCAAAUGUUAUUUGUCACAUGCGCCGAAUACAACCGGUGUAGACCUUACAGUGAAAUGUUUACUUACAAGCGCUUAACCAACAAUGCAGUUUUAAGAAAGAAUACCAAAAACAAUUCACUAAAAAAUGCAAUAUCAAAUAAUACGAAAUAAAAGUAACAUAAUUAAAGAGCAGCAGUAAAAAUAACAAUAGCGAGGUUAUAUACAGGGGGGUACCAGUACCGAUUCAAUGUGCGGGGGCACCGGUCAGUCGAGGUAAUUGAGGUACUAUGUACAUGUCGGUAGAGUUAUUAAAGUUACUAUGCAUAGAUAAUAAACAGAGAGUAGCAGCAGCGUAAAAGAGGGGUGGGGGGAGCAAUGCAAAUAGUCUUGGUAGCCAUUUGAUUAGAUGUUCAGGAGUCUUAUGGCUUGGGGGUAGAAGCUGUUUAGAAGCCUCUUGGACCUAGACAUUGCGCUCCGGUACCGCUUGCCGUGCGGUAGCAGAGAGAACAGUCUAUGACUAGGGUGGCUGGAGUCGUUGACAAUUUUUAGGGCCUUCCUCUGACACCACCUGGUAUAGAGGUCCUGGAUGGCAGGAAGCUUGGCCCCAGUGAUGUACUGGGCCGUACGCACUACCCUCUGUAGUGCCUUGCGGUCAGAGGCCGAGCAGUUGCCAUACCAGGCAGUGAUGCAACCAGUCAGGAUGCUUUUGAUGGUGCAGCUGUAUAACCUUUUGAGGAUCUGAGGACCCAUGCCAAAUCUUUUCAGUCUCCUUAGGGGAAAUAGGUUUUGUCGUGCCCUCUUCACAACUGUCUUGGUGUGCUUGGACCAUGUUAGUUUGUUGGUGAUGUGGACGCCAAGGAACUUGAAGCGCUCAACCUGCUCCAUUACAGCCCCGUCGAUGAGAAUGGGGGCGUGCUCGGUCCUCUUCUUUUUCCUGUAGUCCACAAUCAUCUCCUUUGUCUUGAUCACGUUGAGGGAGAGGUUGUUGUCCUGGCACCACACGGCCAGGUCUCUGACCUCCUCCCUAUAGGCUGUCUCGUCGUUGUCGGUGAUUAGGCCUACCACUGUUGUGUCAUCGGCAAACUUAAUGAUGGUGUUGGAGUCGUGCUUGGCCAUGCAGUCAUGGGUGAACAGGGAGUACAGGAGGGGACUGAGCACGCACCCCUGAGGGGCCCCCGUGUUGAGGAUCAGCGUGGCGGAUGUGUUGUUACCUACCCUUACCACCUGGGGGCGGCCCGUCAGGACGUCCAGGAUCCAGUUGCAGAGGGAGGUGUUUAGUCCCAGGGUCCUUAGCUUAGUGAUGAGCUUUGAGGGCACUAUGGUGUUGAACGCUGAGCUGUAGUCAAUGAAUAGCAUUCUCACAUAGGUGUUCCUUUUGUCCAGGUGUGAAAGGGCAGUGUGGAGCGCAAUAGAGAUUGCAUCAUCUGUGGAUCUGUUGGGGCGGUAUGCAAAUUGGAGUGAGUCUAGGGUUUCUGGGAUAAUGGUGUUAAUGUGAGCCAUGACCAGCCUUUCAAAGCACUUCAUGGCUACAGACGUGAGUGCUACGGGUCGUUAGUCAUUUAGGCAGGUUACCUUAGUGUUCUUGGGCACAGGGACUAUGGUGGUCUGCUUGAAACAUGUUGGUAUUACAGACUCAGACAGGGAGAGGUUGAAAAUGUCAGUGAAGACACUUGCCAGUUGGUCAGCGCAUGCUCGGAGUACACGUCCUGGUAAUCCGUCUGGCCCUGCGGCCUUGUGACUGUUGACCUGUUUAAAGGUUUUACUCACAUCGGCUACGGUCAUUCGGAACACAAAUGAUCACACAGUCAUUCGGAACAGCUGAUGCUCUCAUGCAUGUUUCAGUGUUAUUUGCCUCGAAGCGAGCAUAGAAGUAAUUUAGCUCGUCUGUUAGGCUCGUGUCACUGAACAUAUUCCAGUCUGCGCUAGCAAAACAGUCCUGUAGCUUAGCAUCUGCUUCAUCUGACCACUUCUUUAUUGACCGAGUCAAUGAACUCCUGGAUACCAUUUUUAUGUCCAGUAUGAAGGAAGUAGAGGUAGUUUUGCGAGCUAAUUCUAAACUACCUCUAACUUCCUUCAUACUGGACAACGAGACAUAAAAAUGGUAUCCACAAGUUCAUCUGACUCUGGGGAAGUAGAUAAAGGGCAUCAUUGCCAACAUCCCGAAGUAUCCCUUUAACCUUAAUGAUAAGAUAGAGGAAAUAUCACACAUUUAUCCUAUAACCUUUCCCUCAUGGGAUGUUUUCCUUCAUUCAAACCUUUUGCAGAUGUCUAAGAACUCUGGGAGGAAGGUGGAACUUCUAGACCAGCGUGUGAAGGUUCCGCCGUUCCAACAGAUCCUCAGUGGGCUGAGCUUCUACUCCAACUACAGUGUUAGAGUGUGCUGUGACAAUGAGGUGGGGACAUCCCCGUUCUCUGGCUGGCUGGACUUUCAGACACCAGAAGCAGGUGUGCAUCCAGUCACUAGAAUAGAUUAUGACAUAUCUGGAAUAGAUUAUGACAUAUCUGGGGCUGAACAAAAGACCAGGGAUGAGUUCCAAAUGGCACCCUAUUCCUAUGGGCCCUGGUCAAAAGUAGUGCACUAUAAAGGGAAUAGGGUGCCAUUUGGGACUCAACCCUGGCCUUUUGUUCAUCAACAGUUUUUUGUUGUUGUCAUUUUCUACCAACUGCACUCACAUCACCAGCUGGACAUCAAAAGCAUGUCACAAUGGGAACAUAAUGAUUCUCAGUGUUUGUGGCCGGCUGUGCCUCACAGCCCCACGGACGACCUUUCAAAGUUGUUACUCUGUCAAAGUAACAUCAAACAUUUAGAGGUGGUUACACGGACACAGAUUAACCCUAAUACUGGACAAAAAUAAUAAUUUCAGAUGGAGAUUCUCCAUUGAGUUGUCUUAGUCAAGGACUAGCAUUAGCCUAAUCUUUGUCUGGGAAAGCACCCCUUAAUGUUCAUAUAGGAUACGGUAUAAGUUCAUAAGUUGAUAUGCAGUUUUAAAUGGGUUGUUAAGAUAAGUGGUACAGGCGGCUGAGUUUAGAGUUGAUCAUGGAAGCUAGUCUGAGGGGAGCAGUGCAGCGGGGGUUUCUGGUGGCGACCUUGUUUGUAUGUUUGUAAACUGGCACUGCUGGACACAGGCCAGUGGAUUCCAGUCCCACUUGUACAAUGAACCAUUGUGCAUGCCCUCAAUCCAUAUCAAUGUGCUGCAGUGCUGAACUAAACCCUGUUGUCUCAGUGUCGACACACGCUGGUCAGGGAGGCCACUGCAGGGAUGACUGGGGUCUCAUUUUAGGGGGAACUGAAGCCGGUCUCAAUUUGCUUCGGGAUUAUCUACUUCCCCAGAGUCAGAUGAACUUGUGGAUACCAUUUUUAUGUAUGUGUGUGCAGUAUGAAGGAAGUUACAAGUAGUUUUGCAAGCUAUUACUAACUAGCAAUAGCGCAAUGACUGUAAGUCUAUGGUUAUCUACUAGAAUGCUAGCAGAUACCCAUAGACUUAGUCAUUGCGCUAAUGCUAGUUAGCAUUGGCUCGUGAAACUACAUCUAACUUCCUUCAUACUGGACACAGAGACAUAACAUUUUUAUCCACGAGUUCAUCUGACUCUGCCAGAAGUAGACAAAUGGUCUCAUUGCCAAAAUCCAGAAGUAUACCUUUAAUCUUGGCCCUUUCCCUUAUAUCAGAUUCAGAUCAGAUUCAGAGUGUUUAAUAGUCACAUGUACAGGGUUGCAGGUGUGAUUGCGUAGUACAGUGAAAAUCUUAGGCUCCAACAUGAAGGACUAAGUGAAAUACAAUAAUGAAAAUGGUAAUAAAAAAAACUACAAUAUAAAUAGAACUAUAUACAUCAUAACUGUAGCAGUGAUUAAUAAAUACAUUUCCAUAUGUUAGCAGAUGUGGAAGCAAUAUGGUGGAAGUUCCACCACAACACUGCUUAUACCUAUCCAGACCCUUCAGAUCUGUUAACUUUGUUAGGACCAAGGGAGAGGGUUUGGGAGAGAUGACAGCAUGGACAUAUACAAUGGCAACCCCUUAUUGUUCUUUGAUGAAAUGUAAAAUGUUGUCAUGACACUGUCCCUGUGUCUUCUUUCUUCCUAGUGCCCUCUGCUGCCCCCCGGAACCUGACCUUUGAACUAACUGAGCAGCAGCUGUCCCUGAACUGGGCGACCUUGGACGACGAGGAGCUGCAUGGGAAACUGAUGGCCUACAAAGUCCAGUGGAACCUGGGAGGAGAGGGACAGGUUCAGACCCAUACACCUGUACACACUGGAGAAAUCUAGCAUACACCUCAGAUGGUAGCAAAGCUGCAGGAAGAAAAUAAACUGAAGAAAAUAGUGUCUGGCUGUGCUGCACACUUAGAGCAAUGCACAUUUCAGUAAUUUAAUAUGCCAAGCUCUCAGUCACAGUAGACCUUGGUCAGUGGAGCAUACAAUAACCACAGCCAGCCGACACCAGUCUUGAGCUGCUGUCAACGAUCUACUACUUCUUUUUAAUUACAAUCCCUAUGUUUGUGUUAUUAUGGAAUGUGGUACAUUACAGUAUGACCUAAAUGAUGACGUUCACAAUCCUAUGGUCAUAACAGAAGUUGUGUUGUCAUACCAGGGAUUUAUAGGUUGCUAUGGUCAUACCAGGGAUUUAUAGGUUGCUAUGGUCAUACCAGACGUUUAUAAGUUGCUAUGGCCAUACUAGGGGUUUACUUGUUUUUAAUAGGGACAUUGCUAUAGAAAAUGGGUCAAAGUAUUUUUACUCUCCUUUCUAUGACUCCCAAUCUGGCAGGUGUUCAGGUGAAAUAUCUAAGCCCGUUGAGCUCGCUACAUGUGUUCUGGUUUGGUUUUCUUGUCCACUAGAAUUGUAUAAUGACCAUACAGUGCCUCCAGGAAGUAUUCACACACUUUUUCCACAUUUUGUUGUGUUACAGCCUGAAUUUAAAAUGGAUUAAAUUGAAAUGUGUUGUCACUGGCCUGGACACACAAUACCCGAUAAUGUCAAAGUGGAAAUACGUUUUUUAAAAUGUAUUUCUUUACAAAUUAAUUAAAAAUAAAGCUGAAAUGUCUUGAGUCAACAAGUAUUCAACCCCUUUGUUAUGGCAAACCUAAAUAAGUUCAGGAGUAAACAUUUGCUUAACAAGUCACAUAAGUUGCAUGAACUCACUGAGCACAAUAAUAGUGUUUAACAUUAUUUUUGAAUGACUACCUCAUCUCUGUACCCCAUACACAAUUACCACAAAGACCAGGGAGAAGGGCGCCUAUUGGUAGAUAGAAAAUAAUAAUAUACAAAAUUAAUAAAAGAAGGCAUUGAAUUAUCCCUAUGAGCAUGGUGAAGUUAUUAAUUACACUUUGGAUGGUGUAUCAAUAGACCCAGUCACUACAAAGAUACAAGCGUCCUUCCUAACUCAUUUGUCGGAGAGGAAGGAAACCACUCAGAGAUUUUACCAUGAGGCCAAUGGUGACUUUAAAACAGUUAAAGAGUUUAAUGGCUGUGAUAGGAGAAAACUUAGGAUUGACCAACAACAUUAUAGUUACUCCACAAUACUAACCUAAUUUACAGAGUGAAAAGAAGGAAGCCUGUACAAUCUUCCAAAACAUGCAUCCUGUUUGCAACAAGGCAUUAAAGUAAUACUGCAAAAAAAUUUGGCAAAGCAAUGUACUUUUUCUCCUGAAUACAAAGUGUUGUAUUUGGGGCAAAUCCAAUGCAACAUAUUACUGAGUACCACUCCAUAUUUUCAAGCAUAGUGGUGGCUGCAUCAUGUUAUGGGUAUGAUUGUAAUCGUUAAGGACUGGGGAGUUUUUCAGGAUAAAAAAAUAAACGUAAUGGAGCUAAGCACAGGCACAAUCCUAGAGGGAAACCUGGUUCAGUCUGCUUUACACCAGACACUGGGAGAUGAAUUCACCUUUCAGCAGGACAAUAACCUAAAACACAAGGCCAAAUUUACACUGGAGUUGCUUACAAAGAAGACGGUGAAUGUUCCUGAGUUGCCGAGUUACAGUUUUGAUUUAAAUCUACUUGACAAUAUAUGGAAAGACCUGCAAAUGUUUGUCUAGCAAUGAUCAACAACCAAUUUGACAGAGCUUGAAGAAUUUUUAAUGAAUAAUGUGCAAAUGUUGCACAAUCCAGGUGUGGAAAGCUCUUAGAGACUUACCCAGAAAGACUCUGGACAGCUGUAAUCGCUGCCAAAGGUGCUUCUACAAAGUAUUGACUCAGGGGUGUGAACACUUAUGUAAAUUAGAUAUUUCUGUAUUUCAUUUUCAAUACAUUGCAAAAUAUUCUACAAAUAUGUUUGCACAUUGUCAUUAUGGAGAAUUGUGUGUAGAUGAGUGAGAAAAUCUAUGUAAUCCAUUUUGAAUUCAGGCUGUAACACAACAACAUGUGGAAUAAGUCCAGGGGUAUGAAUACUUUUUGAAAGCACUAUAUAAGGAUUAACUCAAAAGGUAAAACAGCAAGAUCUAAAGUUAUGAGACUUCAGUGACACAGUGCCCUUAACAAAGAUCAUGAGCUUUUAUGUUGAUGAAACUGUAACACCAAAUUAAUGUACCAAAUGUAUUGAAGUCCUCUUGCAUGGCCUUAAAUGUCAUCUUCUCUCAUGAUGGAGAGAAGGUCACAUUCAUAUUUUGUUCCUGUGGUGCCAAAGAAAAGUAUCCCAAAGUAUUUCUUUCUCAGUAUUCAGCAGUUCCAAAGCAUAAUGUGUGUCUCUGUGAAAAAAACGGCAGCACUUAAUUGGAUCUAAUUUGUAAUGGAAGCUUUGUUUUAAGUUUCUUAGACUCAAAACAACAUGUCAUAAUAGACCACAAACUGACAUACAUUUGUUGUGUUCCAGGAGGCGUUGCUCUUUAAAGAGAACAUGGCCCACCUGUCUGGUGGAGGUCGUUUCUUCAACGCCACCUUCCAGGUGUCGGCGUGUACAGUGGCUGGCUGUGGGCCCUGGAGCCAUCCUGUACUGGUCAUGCCCGCCUCAGGUCAGUGAGCCCUUAUGUCACUCAGCCACUAUCCACUAUUAGUCCCUCUGUCACGCUGGCUGUGUCUACACUUGACACUUGCAUGCGACUUAUGCUAUCAGAAUACGAAGAUCGCAUUGAAAAGACAAACGAGACGUAUUGUGGUUGGAUUGUGUUCAGAUCUGGCUGACCACUUCAGGUGGUCAGGGACGCAUUGUGGUUGGAUUGUGUUCAGAUCUGGCUGACCACUUCAGGUGGUCAGGGAUGCAUUGUGGUUGGAUUGUGUUCAGAUCUGGCUGACCACUUCAGGUGGUCAGGGACGCAUUGUGGUUGGAUUGUGUUCAGAUCUGGCUGACCACUUCAGGUGGUCAGGGACGCAUUGUGGUUGGAUUGUGUUCAGAUCUGGCUGACCACUUCAGGUGGUCAGGGACGCAUUGUGGUUGGAUUGUGUUCAGAUCUGGCUGACCACUUCAGGUGGUCAGGGACGCAUUGUGGUUGGAUUGUGUUCAGAUCUGGCUGACCACUUCAGGUGGUCAGGGACGCAUUGUGGUUGGAUUGUGUUCAGAUCUGGCUGACCACUUCAGGUGGUCAGGGACGCAUUGUGGUUGGAUUGUGUUCAGAUCUGGCUGACCACUUCAGGUGGUCAGGGAUGCAUUGCGGGUGGAUUUCUCCUCAGUCUGGACGCAAUUAGGCUACAUAAAGUGCACACAGUGGGAAAUGUCAUCAGCACUUUGCCAACACAAGUCUCCAGAAAACGUGUGUUUUGGAAGCGAGAGGCGCCAUUUUUUAAUUAAACGUUGGAAGAAAUACAUUCUUAGCAUGUGAGCAACGUGUUUGCUGGCUUCAUAAUUGCUAGCUAGCUUAUUAGGAAAACUAUUUUUUGUUUGGCUAGAGUUAUGCUAACCUGUAUGCAAUCCCUUUAGCUUUGCUGGCUGGCUGGCUACAGAGGUUAGUUGGCUAGUUAGCUAUAGUAGUUAGCUACUGCCAUCAAGUUGUUGUUAUGUUAUCAGAUUUAGCCUUUUCCACUGUUUGCAGAAUGCAUACUGGCAUUUCAAUAUAACCCGGGAAAAGGGAAUCCGGACACAAUGUGGACACAUUUAAAUGUAGGUGUAGACGUAUGCCGUGUUCGGAAUUCCAUGAUCAGAACUCCAUGAUCAGAAUACAAAAGCUGAAUGAACUGUCGAGUCUAAACACGGCCUCUGUCACUAUCCACUAUUAGUCCCUCUGCCACUAUCCACUAUUAGUCCCUCUGUCACUAUCCACUAUUAGUCCCUCUGCCACUAUCCACUAUUAGUCCCUCUGCCACUAUCCACUAUUAGUCCCUCUGCCACUAUCCACUAUUAGUCCCUCUGUCACUAUCCACUAUUAGUCCCUCUGCCACUAUCCACUAUUAGUCCCUCUGCCACUAUCCACUAUUAGUCCCUCUGCCACUAUCCACUAUUAGUCCCUCUGUCACUAUUAGUCUCUGUCACUAUCCACUUAUUAGUCCAUCUGUCACUAUUAGUCCCUGUCACUAUCCACCAUUAGUCCCUCUGUCAUGCUAGCCCUGUCCCUAUCCAUCUAGUAGUCUAGUUGUUUUGAAACCUAUGCUCCAAAUUUGAAGGUAAAGCCAGUUUGUUAUACUGUGUGUGUGUGUGCUUGUGUUUGCAUGUUCCACAAAGCAGUGGGAGGCCAGACUCAGAGAGGCCAUAUGUGGGUGGGUCUGUUGCUGGGCCUGCUGGUGGCCACCAUGGUAGGGCUUCUCCUGACAGUCCUAGUACACCGCAGAGGGAAGGAAACACAGUUUGGGUAGGCUAUGAUUGUCUCUCUCACUACUAGAAUACAGCAAAAAGAUUUGUCUAGACUUUAUAUUUUUUGGUGAGAAUGAUUUAUAUGGGCUGAAAGCAGCGCCCCACCCCCUUCACAUGUAGGGAUUCCCUGUUUUAGGGACAGCUUUGCACACUCUUGGCAUUCUCUCAACCAGCUUCAUGAGGUAGUCACCUGGAAUGCAUUUCAAUCAAUUCCUUGUUAAAAGUUAAUUUGUGGAAUUUCUUUCCUUCUUAAUGCAUUUGAGCCAAUCAGUUGUGUUGUGACAAGGUGGGUGGGGGGGUGGGGGGUAUACAGAAGAUACAGUAGCCCUAUUUGGUAAAAGACCAAGUCCAUAUUAUGGCAAGAACAGCUCAAAUAAGCAAAGAGAAACGACAGUCCAUCAUUACUUAAGACAUGAAGGUCAGUCAAUCCGGAACAUUUCAAGAACUUUGAAAGUUUCUUCAAGUGCUAUGAUGAAACUGGCUCUCAUGAGGAUCGCCACAGGAAUGGAAGACCCAGAGUUACCUCUGCUGGAUAAGUUCAUUAGAGUUACCAGCCUCAGAAAUUGCAGCCCAAAUAAAUGCUUCACAGAGUUCAAGUAACAGACACAUCUCAACAUCAACUGUUCAAAGGUGACUGUGUGAAUCAGGCCUUCAUGGUCGAAUUGCUGCAAAGAAACCACUUCUAAAGGACACCAAUAAGAAGAAGACUUUCUUGGGCCAAGAAACACGAGCAAUGGACAUUAGACCGGUGGAAAUUUGUCCUUUGGUCUGGAGUCCAAAUUAGAGAUUUUUGGUUCCAACCGCCGUAUCUUUGUGAGACGCGGUGUGGGUGAACGGAUGAUCUCCGCAUGUGUAUUUCCCACCGUAAAGCAUGGAGGAGGAGGUGUUAUGGUGUGGGGGUGCUUUGCUGGUGACAUUGUCUGAUUUAUUUAGAAUUCAAGGCACAAUUAACCAGCAUGGCUAACACAGCAUUCUGCAGUGAUACGCCAUCCCAUCUGGUUUGGGCUUAGUGGGACUAUCAUUUGUUUUGCAACAGGACAAUGACCCAACACACCUCCAGGCUGUGUAAGGGCUAUUUUACCAAGAAGGAGAGUGAUGGAGUCCUGCAUCAGAUGACCGGGCCUCCACAAUCCCCCGACCUCAACCAAAUUGAGAUCGUUUGGGAUGAGUCGGACAGCAGAGUGAAGGAAAAGCAGCCAGCAAGUGCUCAGCACAUGUGGAAACUCCUUCAAGACUGUUGGAAAAGCAUUCCAGGUGAAGCUGGUUGAGAGAAUGCCAAGCGUGUGCAAAGCUGUCAUCAAGGGAAAGGGUGGCUAUUUGAAGAAUCUCAAAAAUAAAAUAUAUUUUUAUUUGUUUAACACUUUUUGGGUUACUACAUGAUUCCACAUGUGUUAUUUCAUAGUUUAUGCCUUCACUAUUAUUCUACAAUGUAGAAAAUAGUAAAAAUAAAGAAAAACCCUUGAAUGAGUAGGUGUUCUAAAACUUUUGACCGGUAGUGUAUAGGCAGUUUUUCAGCAGUAUAUACCAGAAUCAGAGGCAUUGUUUGAAUACUUUGACAGCAUCCUUCCUCACUUCUUUCUUCCCUUCCUUGAAGUGGUCACUGAGCUGACAUGAUUGGAUAAGGAAAAACAAGUUUUCCACUAGAUUCCCUUCAACAAUGUGUUGGUCUGAUCAGUGGAUUACCUCUAGGAAGGGAGGAAGGAUUCGUUUUAGAAGUAUUUGAACACAGGGCAAUGUAUCUGCAAGGUUACAACACCAACGUAAAGUUGGGAUAAGCUGGCUCUGCUUGUCCUUGCAGGUCUGUGUUCAAGCACCUACAUUUCCCUCAUCCAAUCAUUUCAGAUGAGUUCAGUGAUACUUCAACGAAAGAAGAGAGGAAGGAUGCAGUCAUAAAGUAUUCAAACAAGGCCUCUGAUUGUGGUAGAUGCUGCUGACAGUAGGCCUAUGCAGUAUGUGACUCCAGGGCUCUGAUUGUCCUUGCAGGUCUGUGUUCAAGCCCCCGGGGACUGAGAGCACGGUCUCCUUCACUGCAGUCAGGUCAUUCAACAGGACCUGCCCUGAGCUCCCAGAAUCCACGUGUAAGUAAAGUCAGUCAUGUUUGGCUCGUAGCCUCCACAAAUAAAGGUGCCUCUAUUGACACAUAGGGCACAAGCACUACAGUACGGUUGCGUCCCAGAUGGCACAAUAUUCCCUAUAUAGUGCACUGCUUUUGACCAGAGCCCUUUGGGCCCUGUUAAAAAAAAGGUGCACUACAUAGGGAAAAAGGUGCCUCUAUUGACACGUACUGUAGUGGACCUGGGUGGUGAAUAAUGAAUUGUAUCUCUGUCUUCCACCAGUGGACAGCUUGGGUAUCAACGACGAUCUGAAGGCCAAGCUUCAAGACGUCCUGAUCCCAGAAAGGCUACUGACCCUUGGUCACAUCUUGGGAAAAGGUUGGUGGGACAUCCUCUGUUGAUUUCACAUAGCUGUGCACAACAGAUAAAGUAAAUUUAGAUAGAAAGCCUUUACAAUGUAUUGUUUGAUAAUAAUAAUAAUAAUAAUAAUAUGACAUUUAGCAGACGCUUUUAUCCAAAGCGACUUACAGUCAUGCGUGCAUACAUUUUUGUGUAUGGGUGGUCCCGGGGAUCGAACCCACUACCUUGGCGUUACAAGCGCCGUGCUCUACCAGCUGAGCUACAGAGGUGCUGCAAUGUGCAAAAUCAAAUCAGUUUAUUGGUCGCAUACACAGAUUUGCAGAUGUUAUUGCAGGUGCAGCGAAAUGCUUGUGAUUUCUAGCUCCAACAGUGCAGUAAUAUCUAGCAAUACAGAACAAUACAAACAUAUUGAAAAAAUUAAGAAAUCAGAACGUGCAAUGAAUGACAAGCUUUGUGUACUAUACAAAAUACGACCUGUAUGUAUAGAGCCAUAAACAAGACAAUGCUCACCCAGAGGCGGCGCUCCUAGUGGCCGGUGACUUUAAUGCAGGAAAACUGAAAUCUGUUUUACCCAAUUUCUACCAGCAUGUCACAUGUGCAACUAGAGGGGGAAAAAAUCUAGAUCACCUUUACUUCACACAAAGAGAUGCAUACAGAGCUCUCACUCGCCCUCCAUUUGGCAAAUUUGACCAUAACGCUAUCCUCCUGGUUCCUACUUACAGCUGGUAGAGCACGGCGCUUGUAACGCCAAGGUAGUGGGUUCGAUCCCCGGGACCACACAUACACAAAAAAUGUAUGCACGCAUGACUGUAAGUCGCUUUGGAUAAAAGCGUCUGCUAAAUGGCAUAUUAUUAUUAUUAUUAUUAUUAUUAAAAACUCAAACAGGAAGUACCAAAAGUGGUCCGAUGAAGUGGAUGCUAAGCUACAGGACUGUUUUACUUGCACAGACUGGAAUAUGUUCUGGGAUUAAUCUGAUGGCAUUGAGUAGUUUACCACAUCAGGCUUCAUUAAUAAGUGCAUCGACGUCGUCGUCCGCACAGUGACCGUACGUACGUACAUAACCCAACCAGAAGCCAUGGAUUACAGGCAACAUCUGCACUGAGCUAAAGGCUAAAGCUGCCGCUUUCAAGGACCGGGACUCUAACCUAGACGAUUAUAAGAAAUCCCACUACACCCUCUGACGAACCAUCAAACAGGCAAAGCAUCAAUACAGGAGUAAGACCUAAUCCUACUACACCGGCUCUGACGCUCGUCGGAUGUAGCAGGGCUUGCAAACUAUCACGGAUUACAAAGUGAAACACAGCCGCAAGCUGUCAAGUUACGCGAGCCUACCAGACGAGAUAAAUACCUUCUAUGUACGCGUCGAGACUAGGAACACUGAACUAUGCAUGAGUACCAGCUGUUCCAUGUGACUGUGUGAUCGCUCUCUCCGUAGCCGAUGUAAGACCUUUAAACAGGUUAACAUUCACAAGGCUGCAGGGCCAGCCGGAUUACCAGGACGCGUACUCAGAGCAUGCGCUGACCAACUGGCAAGCGUCUUCACUGACAUUUUCAACCUCUCCCUGACCGUCUGUGAUACCUACAUGUUUCAAGCAGACCACCAUAGUCCCUGUGCUCAAGAAUGCCAAGGUAGCCUGUCUAAAUGACUAUCGCCCCAUAGCACUCACAUCUGUAGCCAUGAAAUGCUUUGAAAUGCUGGUCAUGGCUCACAUCAACACCAUCAUCCCAGACACCCUCGACCCACUCCAAUUCGCAUGCCACCCCCAACAGAUCCACAGAUGACGUAAUCUCUAUUGCACUCCACACUGCCCUUUCUCGCCUGGACAAAAGGAACACCUACGUGAGAAUGCUGUUCAUUGACUACAGCUCAGCGUUCAAGCUCUAAGCUAAGGACCCUAGGAUUAAACACUUCCCUCUGCAACUGGAUCCUGGACUUCCUGAUGGGCCGCCCCCAGGUGGUGAGGGUCUGCAACAACACAUCCAUCACGCUGACCCUAAACACAGGGGACCCUCAGGGGUGCAUGCUUAGUCCCCUCCUGUACUUCCUGUACACCACGACUGCAGAUGAGACGAUGGUGGUAGGCCUGAUCACCGACGACGAUGAGACAGCCUACAGAGGGAGGGGGUCAGAGACCUGGCAGUAUGGUACCAGGACAACAACCUCUCCCUCAAUGUCAGCAAGACAAAGGAGCUGAUCGUGGACUACAGGAAAAGGAGGGCAGAGCACACCCCGAUCCACAUCGACGGGCUGUUGUGGAACAGGUCGAGAGCUUCAAGUUCCUCAGUGUCCACAUCACUAAGGAACUAUCAUGGUCCACACACAUCAACUGUAAGUGAGGACUUGGUGGACUGUAUAUUCUUUAGGUUAGGUGUUCUCUCCCGUGUGCUGGUAAGGGCACAGAUGACAGACAGGUAUGAUUCCAGUUGAGGUGGUUUAAUAAGGGCACAGAUGACAGACAGGUAGGAUUCCAGUUGAGGUGGUUUAAUAAGGGCACAGAUGACAGACAGGUAGGAUUCCAGUUGAGGUGGUUUAAUAAGGGCACAGAUGACAGACAGGUAGGAUUCCAGUUGAGGUGGUUUAAUAAGGGCACAGAUGACAGACAGGUAGGAUUCCAGUUGAGGCGGUUUAAUAACACUGAAUAUGCACAGGCACGGAACAGCACUGCACAGUGUAUGUAGUAUGGAUGGGCUAAGGCACUUAGUGGUCUGGCAACUUGCUUCAACCAAAGUGUGUGUUUGUACAGUGGGGGAAAAAAGUAUUUAGUCAGCCACCAAUUGUGCAAGUUCUCCCACUUAAAAAGAUGAGAGAGGCCUGCAAUUUUCAUCAUAGGUACACGUCAACUAUGACAGACAAAUUGAGAUUUUUUUCUCUCCAGAAAAUCACAUUGUAGGAUUUUUUAUGAAUUUAUUUGCAAAUUAUGGUGGAAAAUAAGUAUUUGGUCACCUACAAACAAGCAAGAUUUCUGGCUCUCACAGACCUGUAACUUCUUCUUUAAGACGCUCCUCUGUCCUCCACUCUUUACCUGUAUUAAUGGCACCUGUUUGAACUUGUUAUCAGUAUAAAAUACACCUGUCCACAACCUCAAACAGUCACACUCCAAACUCCACUAUGGCCAAGACCAAAGAGCUGUCAAAGGACACCAGAAACAAAAUUGUAGACCUGCACCAGGCUGGGAAGACUGAAUCUGCAAUAGGUAAGCAGCUUGGUUUGAAGAAAUCAACUGUGGGAGCAAUUAUUAGGAAAUGGAAGACAUACAAGACCACUGAUAAUCUCCCUUGAUCUGGGGCUCCACGCAAGAUCUCACCCCGUGGGGUCAAAAUGAUCACAAGAACGGUGAGCAAAAAUCCCAGAACCACACGGGGGGACCUAGUGAAUGACCUGCAGAGAGCUGGGACCAAAGUAACAAAGCCUACCAUCAGUAACACACUACGCCGCCAGGGACUCAAAUCCUGCAGUGCCAGACGUGUCCCCCUGCUUAAGCCAGUACAUGUCCAGGCCCGUCUGAAGUUUGCUAGAGUGCAUUUGGAUGAUCCAGAAGAGGAUUGGGAGAAUGUCAUAUGGUCAGAUGAAACCAAAAUAUAACUUUUUGGUAAAAACUCAACUCGUCGUGUUUGGAGGACAAAGAAUGCUGAGUUGCAUCCAAAGAACACCAUACCUACUGUGAAGCAUGGGGGUGGAAACAUCAUGCUUUGGGGGCUGUUUUUCUGCAAAGGGACCAGGACGACUGAUCCGUGUAAAGGAAAGAAUGAAUGGGGCCAUGUAUCGUGAGAUUUUGAGUGAAAACCUCCUUCCAUCAGCAAGGGCAUUGAAGAUGAAACGUGGCUGGGUCUUUCAGCAUGACAAUGAUCCCAAACACACCGCCCGGGCAACGAAGGAGUGGCUUCGUAAGAAGCAUUUCAAGGUCCUGGAGUGGCCUAGCCAGUCUCCAGAUCUCCUACCCCAUAGAAAAUCUUUGGAGGGAGUUGAAAGUCUGUGUUGCCCAGCGACAGCCCCAAAACAUCACUGCUCUAGAGGAGAUCUGCAUUGAGGAAUGGGCCAAAAUACCAGCAACAGUGUGUGAAAACCUUGUGAAGACUUACAGAAAACUUGCCAACAAAGGGUAUAUAACAAAGUAUUGAGAAACUUUUGUUAUUGACCAAAUACUUAUUUUCCACCAUAAUUUGCAAAUAAAUUCAUUAAAAAUCCUACAAUGUGAUUUUCUGGAUUUUUUUUUCUCAUUUUGUCUGUCAUAGUUGACGUGUACCUAUGAUGAAAAUUACAGGCCUCUCUCAUCUUUUUAAGUGGGAGAACUUGCACAAUUGGUGGCUGACUAAAUACUUUUUUUCCCCACUGUAUGUGUGUGGUCUGCAAGUAAAGAGAGAAAUAAAGAUACAAUAGUGAAUGACAGAAUACAAUCUGCAAUUCACAUCUCUUAUAAACGAUAACAUGACUAUGAUGACUUAAUGCUAUACACGACCAUACAGCGCAAUUCAACGUGACUGUGACUGCACUAACUGAGAUCAAAGGGGUGCCGCUGCACGUGUACUACAAAGCAUAGCACCAUCAUCUUCAGUACAAGGCUACAACUGCACAAUGAAAUUGAAUACCUCUAAACAGUGAAAUACAAUGUAAUACCCAUAUAAUGAUGCACCAUUCACUUAAACAAUUACAGGGCAUAUAAACAAUGCACUGGGGGACAUUAUCCUUUACAAAUACAGGGUUAAAUGUCCGAAAUGAUAUGACAACCAAACCAGAGCUAGCCAGCUCACAAUAGCUAGCUCGCAGUAGAAACUACUAAUUAGCAUAACCAUAAAAAUGACAUUAUCGUAAGAGUGCAUCUUCAGACAUAAACACCUGAAAGAUAUGAAAUAUGUACUUAAAUAUCAACAAGGAUGCACACUGGCCUUGGCUAACACAAUGAAAGCUACCUGUUGGGAAAACGCAAGGAUCGCUGGAACUUACUCUCACUUGACUUCUCUCGAGCUGAUCUUCUCUAAGCUGGAGAUCGCUCAGCAUGCUCUGCUCCACUUCAUCUGUGGGCGGAGCUACAACUCUGACAUAAUGAACUAACAUUACUGAUAUGAUUAACUACAAAUACUUCACAGCCUUUUGUACAGCAACACAGUCGUCAAGAGGGCACGACAACACCUCUUCCCCCUCAGUAGGCUGAAAAGAUUCAGCAUGGGCCCUCAGAUCCUCAAAGUUCUACAGCUGCACAAUUGAGAGCAUCUUAACUGGCUGCAUCACCGCUUGGUAUGGCAAUGGUUUGUCAUCCGACUGCAAGGCGCUACAGAGGGUAGUGCGUACGGCCCACUACAUCACUGGGGCCGAUGCACCUAAGUCAUAGACUGUUCUCUCUGCUACCGGACGGCAAGCGGUACCGAUGCACCAAGUCUGGAACCAAUAGGACCCUGAACAGCUUCUACCCCCAAGCUAUAAGACUGCUAAAUUGUUGGUUAAAUUGUUAACCAGCUACCCGGAAUAUCAGCAUUGACCCUUUUUGCACUAACCUCUUUUGACUCAUCACAUACACUGCUGUUACUGUUUAUUAUCUAUCCCGUUGCCUAGUCACUUUAUCCCUACCUACAGUGCCUUCGGAAAGUAUUCAGACUCCUUUUUGUUAGGUUACAGCCGUAUUCUAAAAUUGAUUUUUUAAAUUUUGUUACUCAUCAAUCUACACACAAUACCCCAUAAUGACAAAGCAGAAACAGGCGUUUAGAAUUGUUUUCAAACAAAAAUGAAAUAUGACAUUUACAUAAGUACUCAGACCCUUUACUCAGUAAUUUGUUGAAUCAUCUUUGGCAGCAAUUACAGCCUUGAGUCUUCUUGGGUAUGACGCUACAAGCUUGGCACACCUGUAUUUGGGGAGUUUCUCCCAUUAUUUUCUGCAGAUCAUCUCAAACUUUGUCAGGGUGGAUGGGGAGCGUCGCUGCAAAGCUAUUUCUAGGUCUCUCCAGAGAUGUUCGAUCGGGUUCAAGUCUGGGCUCUGGCUGGGCCACUCAAGGACAUUCAGAGACUUGUCCCAAAGCCACUCCUGCAUUGUCUUGGCUGUGUGCUUAGGGUCGUUGUCCUUUUGGAAGGUGAACCUUCGCCCCAGUCUGAGGUCCUGAGCGCUCUGGAGCAGAUUUUCAUCAAGAAUCUCUCUGUACUUUGCUCUGUUAAUCUUUCCCUCGAUCCUGACUAGUCUCCCAGUCCCUGCCGCUGAAAAACAUCCCCACAGCAUGAUGCUGCCACCACCAUGCUUCACAGUAGGGAUGGUGCCAGGUUUCCUCCAGACGUGACGCUUGGCAUUCAGGCCAAAGAGUUGAAUCUUGGUUUCAUCAGACCAGAUAAUCUUGUUUCUCAUGGUCUAAGAGUCUUUAGGUGGCUUUUGGCAAACUCCAAGCGGGCUGUCAUGUGCCUUUUACUGAGGAGUGGCUUCCGUCUGGCCACUCUACCAUAAAGGCCUGAUUGGUGGAGUGCUGCAGAGAUGGUUGUCCUUCUGGAAUGUUCUCCCAUCUCCACAGAGGAACUCUGGAGCUCUGUCAGAGUGACCAUCAGGUUCUUGGUCAUCUCCCUGACCAAGGCCCUUCUCCCCCGAUUUGCCAGCAGGCCAGAAGUGGAUGAACGCAAUGCCCUCGUUUGGGUGUAGGGUCUGAUCAGAGCCUGAAGGUAAGGAGGUGCCGUUCCCCUCACAGCUCCGUAGGCAAGCACCAUGGUUUUGUAGUAGAUGCGAGCUUCAACUGGAAGCCAGUGGAGUGUGCGGAGGAGUGGGGUGACAUGAGAGAACUUGGGAAGGUUGAACACGAGACGGGCUGCAGCGUUCUGGAUAAGUUGUAGGUGUUUAAUGGCACAGGGAGGGAGCCCAGCCAACAGCGAGUUGCAGUAAUCCAGACGGGAGAUGACAAGUGCCUGGAUUAGGACCUGUGCCGCUUUCUGUGUAAGGUACGGUCGUACUCUGCGAAUGUUGUAGAGCAUGAACCUGCAGGAUCGGGUCACCGCUUUGAUGUUAGCGGAGAACGACAGGGUGUUGUCCAGGGUUAUGCCAAGGUUCUUUGCACUCUGGGAGGAGGACACAAUGGAGUUGUCAACCGUGAUGGCGAGAUCAUGGAGCGGGCAGUCCUUCCCCGGGAGGAAGAGCAGCUCUGCCUUGCCGAGGUUCAUCUUGAGGUGGUGAUCCGACAUCCACACUGAAAUGUCUGCCAGACAUGCAGAGAUGCGAUUCACAAUUAAUUGUGUGUCGUCUGCGUAGCAAUGAUAGGAGAGACCAUGUGAGGAUAUGACAGAGCCAAGUGACUUGGUGUAUAGAGAGAAUAGGAGAGGGCCUAGAACUGAGCCCUGGGGGACACCAGUGGUGAGAGCACGUGGUGCGGAGACAGAUUCUCGCCACGCCACCUGGUAGGAGCGACCUGUCAGGUAGGACGCAAUCCAAGAGUGAGCAGCGCUGGAGAUGCCAAACUCGGAGAGGGUGGAGAGGAGGAUCUGAUGGUUCACAGUAUCAAAGGCAGCAGAUAGGUCUAGAAGGAUAAGAGCCAUGACUGUGUAUUGCUAAAUAACAAGACAGACAUAAUGUCUGUAUUAUGUUUUGGAAUAUGUUGAGUUGUUUCAGGAGUAACGUGCCAGUGAUGUUUCUGUGUCUGUUUAGGGGAAUUUGGCUCAGUGCGUGAGGCCUUCCUAAAGAUGGAGGACAGCACUGUACAGAAGGUUGCAGUGAAGGUGCUAAAAAGUGAGUGAGACUUUAGACUUUAGAUUUUACUGCCUUUUAUAUAAUAAUAAUUGAUCUGAUUUAUAUAGCGCUUUUCUACCAACGUAGGUACUCAAAGAGCUUUACAUAGUAGGUGGAAACUCACCUCAUCCACCACCAAUGUGUAGCACCCACCUGGGUGAUGCACGGCAAGCAUUUUUGUGUCAGAACGCUCACCACACAUCAGCUAUCAGGUGGAGAGGUGAGGAGUGAUGUAUGCCAAUUAUGAAUGAGGGGGAUGAUUAGCUGGCCAUGAUGGAAUGGGGCCAGGUUGGGAAAUUAGCCAUGAUACCGGGGUUAACACCCCUACUCUUAUGAGUGUGUCAGUGGAUAUUACAUUGAUACACAUGAUAAUUGUACCUGUAUAAUGUGAACUAAUAAGUCCUUGGAAGUUAUGAUAAUUGUUAUGUUUUCUGUCCUUUUUACAUCAGCGGAUAUCAACUCAUCAUGUGAUAUUGAGCAGUGCCUGAAAGAGGCUGCUUACAUGAAGGACUUCCACCAUCCAAAUGUCAUCCAGCUCAUUGGUUAGUAGUAGUGAAGACACAUUUAUUUCCGCCAACUCACUUCAAUUAAAUAUAACUUUAUUUAUACCCUUAGGGGCAAUUAAGAAAGGGAUUGCCAGAUUACAAAUAAUAACAGCUUCCACAUACAGUGGGGAGAACAAGUAUUUGAUACACUGCCGAUUUUGCAGGUUUUCCUACUUACAAAGAAUGUAGAGGUCUGUAAUUUUUAUCACAGGUACACUUCAACUGUGAGAGACGGAAUCUAAAACAAAAAUCCAGAAAUCACAUUGUAUGAUUUUUAAGUAAUUAAUUUGCAUUUUAUUGCAUGACAUAAGUAUUUGAUCACCUACCAACCAGUAAGAAUUCAGUCUCUCACAGACCUGUUAGUUUUUCUUUAAGAAGCCCUCCUGUUCUCCACUCAUUACCUGUAUUAACUGCACCUGUUUGAACUCGUUACCUGUAUAAAAGACACCUGUCCACACACUCAAUCAAACAGACUCCAACCUCUCCACAAUGGCCAAGACCAGAGAGCUGUGUAAGGACAUCAGGGAUAACAUUGUAGACCUGCACAAGGCUGGGAUGGGCUACAGGGCAAAAGGCAAGCAGCUUGGUGAGAAGGCAACAACUGUUGGCGCAAUUAUUAGAAAAUGGAAGAAGUUCAAGAUGACGGUCAAUCACCCUCGGUCUGGGGCUCCAUGCAAGAUCUCACCUCGUGGGGCAUCCAUGAUCAUGAGGAAGGUGAGGGAUCAGCCCAGAACUACACGGCAGGACCUGGUCAAUGACCUGAAGAGAGCUGGGACCACAGUCUCAAAGAAAACCAUUAGUAACACACUACGCCAUCAUGGAUUAAAAUCCUGCAGCGCACGCAAGGUCCCCCUGCUCAAGCCAGCGCAUGUCCAGGCCCGUCUGAAAUUUGCCAGUGACCAUCUGGAUGAUCCAGAGGAGGAAUGGGAGAAGGUCAUGUGGUCUGAUGAGACAAAAAUAUAGCUUUUUGGUCUAAACUCCACUCGCUGUGUUUGGAGGAAGAAGAAGGAUGAAUACAACCCCAAGAACACCAUCCCAACCGUGAAGAAUGGAGGUGGAAACAUCAUUCUUUGGGGAUGCUUUUCUGCAAAGGGGACAGGACUACGGCACCGUAUUGAGGGGAGGAUGGAUGGGACCAUGUAUCGCGAGAUCUUGGCCAACAACCUCCUUCCCUCAGUAAGAGCAUUGAAGAUGGGUCGUGGCUGGGUCUUCCAGCAUGACAACGACCCGAAACACACAGCCAGGGCAACUAAGGAGUGUCUCCGUAAGAAGCAUCUCAAGGUCCUGGAGUGGCCUAGCCAGUCUCCAGACCUGAACCCAAUAGAACAUUUUGGAGGGAGCUGAAAGUCCGUAUUGUCCAGCGACAGCCCCGAAACCUGAAGGAUCUGGAGAAGGUCUGUAUGGAGGAGUGGGCCAAAAUCCCUGCUGCAGUGUGUGCAAACCUGGUCAAGACCUACAGGAAACGUAUGAUCUCUGUAAUUGCAAACAAAGGUUUCUGUACCAAAUAUUAAGUUCUGCUUUUCUGAUGUAUCAAAUACUUAUAUCAUGCAAUAAAAUGCAAAUUCAUUACUAAAAAAUCAUACAAUGUGAUUUUCUGAAUUUUUGUUUUAGAUUCCGUCUCUCACAGAUGAAGUGUACCUAUGAUAAAAAUUACAGACCUCUACAUGCUUUGUAAGUAGGAAAACCUGCAAAAUCGGCAGUGUAUCAAAUACUUGUUCUCCCCACUGUAUAAUACAACAAGAAGUAGGCUAUUUAGGAUGGGAAACUGAGUGUUUUAAGACUUGUCCAUCAAUCACUAUACUUCGACCAGGGCCAGCCCUAGCCUUUUGGGGGCCCUAAGCGAGAUUUGGCCGGGGGGUGGCCACCUCGCAGCAAAACAUUUGUCCCACCUCUUGACGCGGAGAGAAAAACAUGUUACGUUUUAAGUUAAUUACCUUCAAUUCUACACAUUUUGCUAUGGGGUGUAGAGAAAAUGUUGCAGGUUUAAAUAAAGUUUACUGCAAUUCUACAGAUUUUGCAAUGGGCAGAGAAUUUUUUUAAUUUACAUUUUAUAACGAAUUUCAUGCAAUUCUACUCAUUUUGCCAUGGGGUGCAUAUCUAAUAUGAUGUCUGAGUGAGAAUGACUCACAAAAUCAAUGGGGGCCACCUAGACGUCAGGGCCCCUGGGCGAGUGCCAUGUGUGCCCGGUCAGUAUUCGGCCAUGAUUAUUACAAGUUUAGAUAGCUGGCUAGACUACUAAUAAAAAAUAGUUAGCUGACAUGGCUAAUUGAGUGACUGUCAGUAACUGACAUAACAAGAGAAACUGCUGACGCACAACCACAUUUUGAAAUUGCACCUGGUGUAUUCUACUAUUCUUACUCUCAAAAGUGAGUUCCUAAAAAAUUAAAAGGGGGGUUGGGGUUUAGGUUGGGGGCCCCCUAGCAGCCUGGGGCCUUAAGCGACCACUUAUGUCUGGAGCCGGCCAUGGCUUCGACUGACUUGUUCUGCUGAGUUGUUGAUUGAAUAUAUUUUGGUUCUCUAGGAGUGAGUUUGCACAGACGUCUUCAGCAACGGUUGCCCAUCCCUAUGGUUAUCCUUCCCUUCAUGAAGCACGGGGAUCUUCACACCUUUCUGCUCAUGUCCCGCCUUGGAGACGAGCCCUUUGUGAGUGUCACCUAUACAUUUUAUACACACUCAGUGGCCAGUUUAAUAGGUAUACCCAUCUAGUACUGGGUCGGACCCCCUUUGCCUCCAGAACAGCCUGAAUUCUUCAGGGCAUAGAAACGUUGCUCAAUUGGUAUCAAGGGACCUAACGUGUGCCAGGAAAACAUUCCCCACACCAUUACACCACCAGCCUGUACCGUUGACAGCAGGCAGGAUGGGGCCAUGGACUCAUGCUGCUUACGCCAAAUCCUGACUCAGGAACCGAGAUUCAUCAGAUCAGGCGAUAUUUUUCCACUCCUCAAUUGUCCAGUGUUGGUGAUUGCCUUCCCACUGGAGCUGCUGCUUCUUGUUUUUAGCUGAUAGGAGUGGAACACGGUGUGGUAGUCUGCUGCAAUAGCCCAUCCGUGACAAGGAUCGACGAGUUGUGCGUUCCGAGAUGCCGUUCUGCACACCACUGUUGUACAGCGCCGUUAUUUGCCUGUUUGUGGCCCGCCUGUUAGCUUGCACGAUUCUUGCCAUUCUCCUUCGACCUCUCUCAUUAACGAGCUGUUUUCGCUCACAGGACUGCCGCUGACGGGAUGUUUAUUUUCUCUUGCACCAUUCUCGAUAAACCCUAGACACUGUCAUGUAUGGAAAGCCCAGGAAGCCGGCCGUUUCUGAGAUACUGGAACCGGCACGCCUGGCACCGACGAUCAUAUCACGCUUAGGUCACUUGUUUUGCCCAUUCUAACGUUCAAUCGAAAGGUAACUGAAUGCCUGUCUGCCUGCUUUAUAUAGCAAGUCACGGCCACAUGACCCACUGUCUGUAGGAGUGAACCAUUUUCGUGAACAGGGUUGGUGUACCUAAAACUGCCCACUGAGUGUAUAUUGUUACUACUAAUAAUAAUAGUAUUGUCCUAAUUGAUGCAUACCUUCAAAUCAUGUUUUAACAAAGUAAUGUUGCGGUCUCUCCCUCACACAGACAGUGUCACUGCAGAUGCUCAUACAGUUUAUGUUGGACAUUGCUCGUGGAAUGGAGUACCUGAGCAAAAAAAGCAUCAUACACAGGGAUCUGGCUGCACGCAACUGCAUGUGAGUCAAUUACCAGCAGAGUAGACAGUGGCUUCAUCUCAAAUGGCACCCUAUUCCCUAUAAAGGGCACUACUUUUGAUCAGAGCCCUAUAGGCCCUGGUCAAAACUAGUGCACUAAAUAGCAGGGUUCAUACACAUUUUGAGAGAUGGAAUAUCAUAACUUUUCCAUGACGUUUAACCAAAUUUCCAUUACCAACCAUUGGCGGCGUCUCUAUGUACGUAUAAAAAAGUAUGCAUAAUGUGGUAUCAACACUGGGAGGCUGCUUUCUGAUCCCAUGUACCAUCUGUUGUCGUUGUGCAAGGCACUUAACCCCCACAAAGUAGAAUACCAGUUAGGCAACUGUAUAAAACGCAUGGUCAACCCUAGUCUGGAGAGCUACGGGGUGAAGGCUUUUGAUCCAGCCCUGCUCAAACACAUCAGAACCAGUUUAUCAAGGUCUGGUUGAGCAGCUAAUCUCUCAAAUGUGGUUUGUUAGAGGGGGAGGGGGGGCUGGAACAAAAGCCUGUACACCCAUUAGCUCUCCUGGAGGAUGGUUGACCACCCUUGAUAUAAAACAUUACAACCAAAUACGUCUUAUGCCCUUUGAAAUAAUUUGCUCAUUCAAUCUAUCAAAGAUCAAGUGGCUGUGGUAGGCUACAAAUCUUUUUAUUCAGCUGAAGCAAGCCCACAAAUGUUCUAGUAUUGUCAUUUAUCUUAGCUACCUUAGUGUUUACUCACCUGUUUGCGAUUCACAAAUUGUUAUUUAGAUUCACAUGAUUCGAUUCAUUACAAUUUAACCAAAAUCCAAACUAAUACAAUGACGAAGUGAAUUGUUCUUUUCAUUUUUAAAAAAUUGUUAGAGUGUCGUCAGAAAGUUUUUGGGGACAUGACGAAAAUAUGAUUACAUGCUAAUAAUAGCUCAACAGUUAACUAGAGCAGGGGUUCCCAGACUAUUUCACUCGGGGGCCUCCCUUCCAGCAUUGGGGAACAUCCCCCCCAAUGCUGAGGUCCUUUAAAAAUAUAUAUAUACAGCAUCUUCUAAAAGUAUUAAGACCCCUUGACUUUUUCCAAAUUUUGUUAAGUAUGAAAAUGUAUGCACUCACUAACUGUAAGUCGCUCUGGAUAAGAGCGUCUGCUAAAUGACUAAAAUGUAAAUGUAAAAUGUAAGUUAGACUUAAUCUAAAAUGGAUUAAAUUAAUAAUAAAUAAUCAUCAAUCUACACACAAUACCCCAUAAUGACAAAGCGAAAACAGGCUUUUAGAAUUUUUGGCAAAUUUAUAAAAAAUAAAAAACAUACCUUAUUUACGUAAGUAUUCAGACCCUUUGCUAUGGGACUCCAAAUUGAGCUCAGGUGCAUCCUGUUUCCAUUCAUCAUCCUUGAGAUGUUUCUACAACUUGAUUGGAGUCCACCUGUGGUAAAUUCAAUUGAUUGGACAUGAUUUGGAAAGGCACCUGUCUAUAUAAGGUCCCAGAGUUGACAGUGUAUGUCAGAGCAAAAACCAAGCCAUGAGGUCGAAGGAAUUGUCCGUAGAGCUCUGAGACAGGAUUGUGUCGAGGCACAGAUCUGGGGAAGGGUACCAAAACAUUUCUGCAGCAUUGAAGGUCCCCAAAGACACAGUGGCCUCCAUCAUUCUUAAAUGGAAGAAGUUUGGAACCACCAAGACUCAUCUAGAGCUGGCCGCCCAGCCAAACUGAGCAAUUGGGGGAGAAGGGCCUUGGUCAGGGAAGUGACCAAGAACCUGAGGGUCACUCUGACAGAGCUCUAGAGUUCCUCUGUGGAGAUGGGAGAACCUUCCAGAAGGACAACCAUCUCUACAGCACUCCACCAAUCAGGCCUUUAUGGUAGAGUGGCCAGAUGGAAGCCACUCCUCAGUAAAAGGCACACGACAGCCCGCUUGGAGUUUGCCAAAAGGCACCUAAAGACUCUCAGACCAUGAGAAACAAGUUUGUCUGGACUGAUGAAACAAAGGUUGAACUUUUUGGCCUGAAUGCCAAGCAUCACGUCUGGAGGAAACCUGGCACCAUCCCUAUGGUGAAGCAUGUGGUGACAGCGUCAUGCUGUGGGGAUGUUUUUCAACGGCAGGGACUGGGAGACUAGUCAGGAUCGAGGCAAAGAUGAACGGAGCAAAGUACAGAGAGAUCCUUGAUGAAAACGUGCUCCAGAGCGCUCAGGACCUCAGACUGGUUCAACUUCCAACAGGACAACGACCCUAAGCACACAGCCAAAACAACGCAGGAGUGGCUUCGGGACAAGUCUCUGAAUGUCCUUGAGUGGCCCAGCCAGAGCCUCUAACAUCUCUGGAGAGACCUGAAAAUAGCUGUGCAGCAACACUCUCUAUCCAACCUGACAGCUUGAGAGGAUCUGCAGAGAAUAAUUUGAGAAACUCCCCAAAUGUGCAAAGCUUGUAGCAUCAUACCCAAGAAGGUUCGAUGCAGUAAUCGCUGCCAAAGGUGUUUCAACAAAGUACUGAGUAAAGGGUCUGAAUACCUACGUAAAUGUGAUUUUUCAGUUUAUUUUUAAUAAAUUAGCAAACAUUUCUAAAAACCUAUAUCUGCUUUGUCAUUAUGGGGUAUUUUGUGUAGAUUUAUGAGGAUAAAAAAACAAUUUAAUAAAGUAACAAAAUGUGGAAAAAGUAAUGUGGUCUGAAUACUUUCCGAAGGCACUGUACAUGCAGGUGAUGUGAUCAAACAGACACACUAAAGCACAGAACAAUGAGCCAGAUAUUUCACCAAAUGUAUAAAUGUGAAUAAUCCGGUGGGCAUUUCCACUAACUACCAAAUAUGUUGAUGAGAGGAAGCACAGUGGCCGGCAAGUGGGAGAAGAUGGAUUUUGUCCGACAUUCAGCACAUUUUCUCAUUGAUGAAACAUUUGAUCUCCAUAGAGUUUUCUGUUUCCAAAACCUGUAACAGAGUGGACUGCGUUUUGUAGACUGUACCCUUAGCCAAAGUUUCAAAAACAUUUGUUGUUUAGAAGGAGUGCAAGGGCGAAUUGAGUUAUUGCACACGCGCACUUCAGAGUAGGUGUUCCCUACCGGAAUGUUCAAAUAAAUGCUAGAAUGUACGAAUAGGAUCUCACUAGCUCAGUGCUCUGCCCACCUCCUUGCUUGUUCUGCCCACUAUGAUUAAUUUGCUCCCAUUGGAAACGACAUGCUGUGGUCUAUCUUAGGUUAGUUAUAAAAAAUAUUUGGCUAAAGUGUCAUUCCGAUCCUGGCUGAUAUGUUGAUUUUUAUUUGAUCAUAUAUGUAGAAACUAUUCCUAAAUAAAUGACAUUAACAAAAAUUUAAAAAUUAAUUUUCCAAAACUUUUAGGAUUUGAUCAUUUUCCAAAACCUUUCCAGGGCUGGAUUUGUUUUAUUUAUUAUUAUUAUCUUUUUUAAAUAUCAUGACUUUUCCAGAAUUUAUGACCUACGAACCUUGAAAUAGGGAAUGGGGCGCAAUUUUAAGACUCAGCCUGUCAUUUUACUCUAUUUAUUAACUGGAACUCCCUCGAAUAUAGUUUACACACUGAAUUUACUAGAACUUGGUUCUGCGUCAGGGUUACAUUGUGACCAUCUCCACUCCUUUAUUCAUAGGCUGAGUGAAAACUUGACAGUCUGUGUGGCAGACUUUGGCCUUUCAAAGAAAAUCUACAGUGGUGACUACUACAGACAAGGAUCUGUCUCAAAGCUGCCUGUCAAGUGGAUAGCACUGGAGAGUCUUGCUGACAAUGUCUACACUACUCAGAGUGAUGUGGUAUGUUACAUACAACCAGACGCACCCUCAGUGUUCAUACCUUUGCUUUAAAAAUUAGAGUGACACUGUAGGACAGUAAUAUUUGAGUUGGGAUCCCUCUUCAAAUCAGCUUUGUGGAAAGGAUUACAUUUGUUUUGUAAUGUAACUUAAUGCAUCAUAGAUAAAAUGCUGAUUUUGUUUUCAGACCAGUCAAUUGAAUUUUUUAAAACCAUGUAGUGGCCCCAGAUGUUCACUGACUGAUUCUGUUUCAUUGAUGAGAUGUUGUUUUCGGAACUGUCAAUUCCUUAUCUUUGCCUUUAGCGCCCCCAGAAGUUAACUGACUGUUUCCCACCAGUGGGCGUUUGGAGUCACCAUGUGGGAGAUCAUGGCACGGGGACAGACCCCCUACCCCGGGGUGGAGAACUCUGAAAUCUACGAGUACCUCAUCAAGGGAGAGAGGCUCAAACAGCCACCUGACUGCCAAGACGACAUGUGAGUGAUCCACUGGAUCUGAUAGAAAAGACUCAGCCAUUGACAAAUCGUGAUGGGUUCUGUUAUACUUUUCAAAUGACUUAAACAAUGAAAUUAUCAUUGGUGCCAGAAAAAUAUAAAUCAUGAGUUUAUAUGUUUUACUGUAUUUAACUAGGUACCUCAUUGAGAACACAAUAAUGACCUGAUAGUUUGAAUAUUUUUCCAGUUAUGAGAUCAUGCAUAGCUGCUGGAGCCCUGUUCCCAAGUGCCGCCCCAGUUUCCAGCACCUGAUUGACCAGCUGGAGGGGCUGUACCCAGGGCCUGGUUUUAUGAAGGAGGCCCUUCUUUACGUUAACCUGGAGAGUGACAAGGGGGAGCCAGGGGCACUUGGCUCAGGGGAGGACCCCUCGUGGUCAGCAAUGCCCUGGCAGUGUGUGGGAAUGGAGGAGGAUGAGAAAGACUGGCUCAUGGUGUCUUCUGGGGCAGCUCUUGCUAUCGGUGGAGACUACCGCUACAUCAUUGGCCCUAACUGCAACUGUACUGAAGAGGAGGGUGGGAGGCAGGGGGACUCAAUAGAUACCUUGCAGCAAGAAGUCAGGGAUGAGGAAUAUGAAGACGCGAUCAUUAAUGUGUGAUUUAUAUUUUGAACAACAUGCCGCCUUCCCUGCCCUACAGAUUUCACAGACUGACCAGUAGGUUGUGGAGGGUUGGUCACUCAUUACUGCCCUCCAGUGAAGUUUCUGAAAACAACAGCUGCUUACCAGCAUUACUCAAUGGAGAAAACUUGGAUUGAAGUGCAUAUCUCACUGAACUUUUCUACCCAUUUUAUUGCCAUUCAUUCACAGUGUCUUUUUGUACUUUAAACGAAGGACUUCACAACACACACAAUCAGCCUUACGUUUACACUGAACAAAUCACAACAGUAACACGACUGAUAUUGUCAAUGAUACAUUUGACUGAUAUACAGUUAACUUUUCAACUGAAAAUUCACUACUCACUGACCGAGGCAUUAAAUAGUAUUUAGAUACGCACCUUUUAAAGUUUAGGGACUGAAUUUAAAGUAAAAUGCUGCCUACGUCCUUAGUGUGUACUGUAGGUGAUAGGUAUUGAACAUUGGUAUUUGCUGCUUUGCGAACGUAUUCCCUUACACCCUUAACUAUGAUAAGCACCUCCUGUCCAAAAGUCUGCUACACGUUCUUAAUCUGUAUUCUCAUUUAACCUUAGAAUAACAUUACACAGGACCACCACUGUAAUAAUCCCCUAACAUUGUGACGGAGUUCUUUUGAAGUACACCAUUGAGAAUUUAUGAAACAGGAAUAUAUGCAGAACAGUGUGUAUGUAUUCAAAAAAUAUAUAUACCAGAGUGAAUAUGGAUAUGUGUUAAGACAUUAGCCUGAUCAAAUGUGAGCCUGUCGUUCACUGAUGUUCAGAGUGCUUACACACACCCUUGAUUUAGCUUUUUGAAGCAUUCCAUGUAUGGGAUAUCAAGGGACAUGAUGUUUUAAUAUAUUUUAAAUGUUAUUUUUUGUAUAUUGUAUAAAAUUAUUUUCAGAGAUACAACCUAGAUCAUUAAAAACAGACUUAAGAAGCUGGUGCUUUGAUUCUCUCUGUCCAGUCCAUCCUUACCAGCAUGUGUAUAGUUGGUUUAGAUUUGUGCAUCAAGCUACAAUGUAAUUCUCACCUGAAGUGUAAGUAAAUAAAGUAUUGGUUGUUUCAUCACGUAUGGUAUAUUUUUCUUUGCACCUUUAGGGCGAACAUGUAACGAAACCCAUGUGCAGUCUAAUUUGUGC